AAAUAAAAACGUAUUUUUAUACUAAUCUGUUCACACUUGAGUGUUAUUGCUUUGAAGUCGUGUCUGUUAAUUUGUACACAACGUUUUACAAUGUUUCGUUUGAUAAUUUUUAGCAUUGUUAUGAGCUUAAUAUUUAUAUCGGUGAUGUCUCUACCAUCAUAUCAAGUGCAUCCAAUAGAAUUGAUCAAUGAUGAACCAGAAGAAAUUUCGAUUGUGAACUUAGAGGAUGGAGAUUACGUUGUAAAGUUAAUAACUCAAUUGACGGAUUGUAACUUGGAGAAUAAAACGCAUGAUUCUGAGGAGCUUCGUACGGAAUUAGAAAGUCUUUAUAAAGAAACAUUAGUUGCUCAUGGUCUAUCUAAUUUGGCUCCUGACCAUCUCGAAGCCCUAAGAGUUCAUAGAAAGGAAAAGUGUACACUGAAGGUCUGGAAAUAAUUUUGUCUUCAAGAGUAUUUUAUGUAUUUUUCUUAUCUAACAAUUAUACAAGCUAUUUACUUGACGCUAAAAAACAGUGAAUAAUUGUGCUUAUGUUUUUUAGUUAUUUGGAAAUAAAAUCUUUCAACAAGAA